CCUUCCUUUUUGCUGAAUGUGUCAGCCAUGGCCCCGAUUAAAAAGCAGGUGGUCAAGAAGCAGGGUGGGAAGAGGAAGAAGCAGAUCCUGAAGUUCACCCUGGACUGCACUCACCCUGUAGAGGAUGGCAUCAUGGAUGCUGCCAACUUCGAGCAGUUCCUGCAGGAGCGAAUCAAGGUGAACGGCAAAGCUGGAAACCUCGGCGGGGGUGUGGUGUCCAUUGAAAGGAGCAAGAGUAAAAUCGCCGUCAACUCUGAAGUUCCCUUUUCAAAGAGGUAUUUGAAAUAUCUUACCAAGAAGUAUCUGAAGAAGAACAACCUCAGGGACUGGUUGCGGGUUGUGGCCAACACCAAGGAGAGCUACGAGCUGCGCUACUUCCAGAUCAACCAGGACGAAGAGGAGGAGGAGGAAGAUUAAACCUGAGACCACUUUUAAUAAAAUUUCGAAA